CAGCCUUUGUCACGUGUUUAUUCCGCCACCCAGUUCUUUUCACCGCCAGUCUUCCAUUAAACACUCGAUACACACACUUACCUGCCGCAUGUGUGCUGUUUGGGAGGUGGGGGCGCGGAGAGAGUACAGGCUGUGAGGGGGCGGGAGAGGUAGGGGAGGCAUGAGACAUAAAUAUUGGGUAGUAGCAGCUACCAGCAACAUUCCAGCACCAGCCUUGCCGUAUCUACUUUCCCUGCCUACCUGCCUACUUGCCUGCCUACAGAGCAAGAUGCGUAGUGGUGCAAUCGUGGCCGUGCUGUUGGUGGUGGUUUGUGCCGCCUUCUUCACCAAGGGCCAGGAGCUCAAUGUGCCCGAACGUGAGGCCGUGGCCACCCUGGCGGCGCACAUCCUGAAGGUGGUGCACGCCCCGCCAGAGGUCGUCGGGAGCCUUCCCCACAAACGCAACUCAGAGAUCAUCAACUCGCUGCUCGGCAUCUCCAGGCUGAUGAACGAGGCCGGCAGGCGGUGAUGGACGAGCUCUUCGCCCACCACGCCCGUUGCAUGCUGACGGAGUCCUGCCCGUCACGCCGCAUUUCACCGAUCAGUUGAAUAAACAUCAAAAGAACAGCA